GCAAAGGUGAAGGAAGCCGGGAUGGCCACGGAGGAGGAUGAAGAGGACUUGGAUGGUUUCUGGGUGUCGUACGGGCGGCGCCGCACGAGGCACCGGCUGCCCCCGCCCAUCCCCUCGCUGGUCGCCCGCGGUGCGCUCCGCCGGACGCGCACCGGCGACGGGCGGCUCGUGAUCCGGAUAGUGCCCGUCGUGCGCCCCGAGUGCGUCCGCGCCCGCCGCCGCGGCGACCGCCUCACCAUGCAGCUCCUCGAGCACGAGGAUGAUUCCCCGAUGAUGGCGCCCCCGCUCCGGGAACCCAGCAGCGCACAAGGUUGCUGCAACGUCGUCGGGGCUGCGCGGGAGGGCGCCGGCACUGCCGCGCCGGCAGCAGGUGGUGAGGCCGGCGUCGGCGGCGUGGAGGAGGCCGUGGCAGCACCUCCGGCGGCGCCCCCGCCACGGGUUUCCUCCGUGCGAUGCUUCGAGGAGGUGUUCAGGUUAGACCCGAUCGGCAGCAGCUCGCUGCACCAGAUGCCCAGCCUGAGGAUGGUGCAUUGAUCGAUGAGCCGUGGUGGCCGAGGAAGAAACAAAUUUUGUAGCUCCUUGUAUAUAUAUAGUAGUGCCUUGUAAAGUAUAACCAUACCCUAAUUGGGGGAUGAAGAGAGUAGCUAGUGAGAUUAAACGCAUGUUCGUCGUCGCAGGCAGUCUAGCUAGCUAGUAGUUCUCCGGCAGUGAUACAGGAUUGGGGGCGAUGUGCAGCAACGAUCGAAGCAGUAGUUACAGAUUAAUUUGGGUUUUGUAAUUAGGAAGGAUUAGGUAACUAGGUUCAAAUGACAAUCAGCCAAGUCAAUCUGCCUCUCCCAGAUGAGAUUUUUUCU